AUGAAGAGGCAGAACGUGCGGACCCUGGCCCUCAUCGCCUGCACCUUCACCUACCUGCUGGUGGGCGCCGCCGUCUUCGACGCGCUGGAGUCGGACCACGAGAUGCGCGAGGAGGAGAAACUCCGGGCGGAGGAGGCGCGCCUGCGGGGCAAGUACAACAUGAGCGGCGAGGACUACCGGCAGCUGGAGCAGGUCAUCCUGCAGGCCGAGCCGCACCGCGCCGGCGUGCAGUGGCGCUUCGCCGGCUCCUUCUACUUUGCCAUCACGGUCAUCACCACCAUCGGCUACGGGCACGCGGCCCCCGGCACGGACGCGGGCAAGGCCUUCUGCAUGUUCUACGCGGUGCUGGGCAUCCCGCUGACGCUGGUCAUGUUCCAGAGCCUGGGCGAGCGCAUGAACACCUUCGUGCGGUACCUGCUGAAGCGCAUCAAGAAGUGCUGUGGCAUGCGGCACACGGACGUGUCCAUGGAGAACAUGGUGACCGUGGGCUUCUUCUCCUGCAUGGGCACGCUGUGCAUCGGGGCGGCCGCCUUCUCGCAGUGCGAGGACUGGAGCUUCUUCCACGCCUACUACUACUGCUUCAUCACGCUCACCACCAUCGGCUUCGGCGACUACGUGGCGCUGCAGACCAAGGGCGCGCUGCAGCGCAAGCCACUCUACGUGGCCUUCAGCUUCAUGUACAUCCUGGUGGGGCUCACGGUCAUCGGCGCCUUCCUCAACCUGGUGGUGCUGCGCUUCCUCACCAUGAACAGCGAGGACGAGCGGCGGGACGCGGAGGAGCGGGCCUCCCUGGCCGGCGCCCGGAACAGCCUGGCGCUGCGCCUGCCCGGGGAGGCGCCGCGGGGCCGGGCGCGGGGCGGCAAGGCGGACGGGGACCUGCAGUCCGUGUGCUCCUGCUCCUGCUACCGGCCCCCGGGCCGGGCGGGCGGCCGCCCCGCCGCCGGCCACCAGAACUCGCUGGGCCUGGGCGGCCAGCUGGGCCCGCAGUACUUCCACUCCGUGUCCUACCGCAUCGAGGAGAUCUCGCCCAGCACGCUGCGCAACAGCUUCUUCCCGUCGCCCGCCAGCUCCGUGUCGCCGGGGCCGCACAGCCUCACGGACGUGCGCCGGCUCAUGCGCCGGCGGAGGUCCAUCUAG